AGCUCAUUGCAUUGCCGAGCGGUAGGGGUAUCGCAUCUGCCCUACUGAAUUCCUGUUCUAACUUUACGCAAUCCGUGCUAAAACUUUUGGACCUUCUCACCCCCCUUUAAGGAGACCUCUCCAUUCGACAAGAAUCAUGGCAGUCAUGGACUUGAAGACUCCUGUGCAAGAAACAGGGACAGGAUUCGUCAACCUGGAAAAAGCUAGAGGAUAUCAUACGCAUCCCUUAAGUUCUUUGCAAAAGCCAACUGCGGCCGAUGAAGAGAUGGACGUUGGCGGUAAGAAUGAAGACCUGCAUGUCUCUGAUGAGACGCCUGAAGACAAUUAUCCAGGCCCUUUGAGUCUUCGAUCAAGACGCAGUUCGAGAAAGAUGGAAGGCCCUUUGAGUCUUCGAUCAAGACGCAAUUCGAGAAAGAUGGAAGGUGGACUUCUGUUUGGACUCGCUAUGUUGCUGAUGCUGAGUACGUGUGCACUCUCAACUGCCGCUAGCCCUUGUUUAUCCAAAGGCGGGAUUUCAGCAACAAACUCAACAGACUCAGCCGUUUGGCACAGAUAUACGUUCUGCAACAAUUCCCUAUAUCUCACUGGCCAAAUCAUAACUUUACGUGAUUUUAACUGCGUAUGGAAAGCAUCGGCUAAAAACUUCCCGUGUAACGCUAACGCUUCAGUCCUCCUUACCAAUGACAGCUGUGGCGUUCUGGAAACUCCAGCCUCUCUAGAAUGCUUGUGGAUAGAAUACGGAUACGGAAAGAUUGGGAGUUCCGAAUAUUUAAAGCUCACGGAACAAACCAAUAAUUCAAGUCAAAGCAAUGAAACGCUCCCUAAUAGUAAUAAUAAUAAUUCUCCCCCGUGGUGGAUUGCUAUCGUUAUUCCCAUUGCAAUGGUCGCAGGGAUUGGAUUUAUAUAUCUGAUAUGGUAAGAAAGUAUCACAGCUAAUCGUUUAAAAGGGUAGGACAACUUUAUAUUCAUGUCAUGUUAUUAUUAUUAUUAUUUUUAUUAUAUGUUCAAAGCACUAUCUGCAAAUUCUGAAAUAAGGAAAACUAGUGUUUUUUUUAUUGAUUAGACAUGUUUCUGCUAUUGAAAAAUUGAACAUGUCGCAAAUUAUAAUACUCUGGAGGGGCUCAACUUCUGCAAUCUUAGUAGUUGAACAAUAAAACUAAUUUAAAGACCCCCUUUAAUUGAGAUUCCGUGGGCAUAUAUGACUUAGAUGGAUCAUCAUUAUUCCAUUUUUAUUGUUGGUCGUUGAAGCUGCUCCUGAGAGGUGGUUGGCGACAUGUGCCUUCAAGCUGGUGUUGAACUUGAGGCCGGUGGCCGAUGUCCUCUACUCAUAGAGUUUAGUUAGCGGAGAACAAUGUCAUUUGUUUUGGAAAGAUGAUUAGUAAUUUUCUGUUUUUCCGGCGCAUUUAGGAAAUAUUUGUCUACGCGUGUGGGU